AUGCAACGAACAGUGAGGGUUGUGGCUUCGGCAGAGGCAUCAAUUGCCUCUGUAAGAAGUUCUCUCAGACCUAGAUACUUGUGCUUAAAUGCAUCAAGUAGGAAUCUGGGUGGAGCUGCCACACUAGGAUCGAGAGGAAAGGGGGCACAGAGAUACUUCUCAGAAACAAGACAUAUACGGGCUGGUGUCGCAGAAGCAGUACUCAAGGAAGCCGCCACUGCGCCCGGCAGUUUGACGCAAGAGACAAUUAUCAAGAACCUAGACGGAAAGGAGAAGCAAAGACUAGACAGGAUCCGAAAUAUUGGUAUUGCUGCGCAUAUCGACAGUGGCAAAACAACUGCUACUGAGCGAGUUCUCUUCUACACCGGGCGGAUCAAUGCAAUCCACGAAGUUCGCGGGCGAGAUGCUGUGGGAGCAAAAAUGGAUUCCAUGGAGUUGGAAAGAGAAAAGGGAAUUACAAUCCAAUCUGCGGCAACCUUUUGCGACUGGAAAAAGGUGGAAAAUGGAAAGGAAGAAAAAUACCACAUCAACUUGAUUGACACACCCGGCCAUAUCGAUUUCACUAUUGAGGUUGAACGAGCCCUGCGAGUCUUGGAUGGAGCUGUCAUGAUUCUCUGUGCUGUCAGUGGUGUGCAGAGUCAAACUAUUACAGUAGACAGACAGAUGCGCCGGUACAAUAUUCCUAGAAUCAGUUUCGUAAACAAGAUGGACCGAGCAGGCGCGAACCCUUUCAAGGCAGUCGAGCAAAUCAAUCAAAAGCUUAAGAUCCCGGCCGCUGCUUUGCAGGUACCAAUUGGGACAGAGUCUGAGUUCAAAGGUGUAAUCGAUUUGAUAAAUAGAGAGGCUCUCUACAACGAAGGUCCUCGAGGCGAGACGAUUCGAAAGACAAGCGAAAUCCCCGAAGACCUGAAAGACUUGGUCGAGGAAAGGAGGUCAAUGCUGAUUGAGACUCUGGCAGAUGUUGAUGAUGAGAUUGCGGAGAUAUUCUUAGACGAGAAAGUUCCUAGCCCGCUUCAAAUCAAGCAAGCUAUUCGAAGAGCCACUAUCGCUUUAAAGUUCACUCCGGUGUUGAUGGGAAGCGCUCUAGCAGAUAAAUCUGUUCAGCCUAUGCUUGAUGCUGUUUGCGACUAUCUUCCAAAUCCUGCCGAGGUUGAGAAUCUUGCCCUUGACAAACGGCGAGACGAACAGCCUGUGAAGCUUGUUUCUUACAAUUCGCUGCCAUUUGUAGGCUUGGCCUUUAAGCUCGAAGAAAGUAACUAUGGCCAGUUGACUUACAUUCGGGUUUACCAAGGUACUCUGAAAAAGGGGAUGAACGUUUUCAACGCAAGGAACGAUAAGAAAGUGAAGGUUCCUCGGAUUGUGCGCAUGCACUCAAACGAAAUGGAGGAAAUCCCAGAAAUUGGCGCCGGAGAAAUCUGUGCUGUGUUCGGUGUUGACUGCGCUUCUGGAGAUACUUUCACGGAUGGUGGCCUUCCAUACUCAAUGACUUCCAUGUUUGUUCCAGAUCCGGUUAUCUCUCUUUCGAUUAAGCCAAAGCAGAGCAAGGACUCCGGCAAUUUCAGCAAAGCAAUGGCUCGAUUUCAGCGAGAAGAUCCUACCUUCAGAGUCCACGUCGACCUUGAAAGUGAGGAAACAAUUAUCUCUGGUAUGGGAGAACUACAUCUCGAUAUUUACGUCGAGCGUAUGCGACGUGAAUACAGAGUUGAGGUAGAAACUGGUAAGCCACAGGUUGCUUACCGAGAAACCAUCACGCAAAGUGUCAAAUUCGACCACACCCUUAAGAAGCAGACUGGAGGAGCUGGUGAUUUCGCUCGUGUUGUUGGAUACAUGGAGCCAAUCCCAAUGGGGCCAACUGGAUACAGACCGCCGACAUUCAGGGAAGAAAUCACUGGGGGUUCUAUCUCGGAGAAGUAUCUUUAUGCCUGCGAAAAGGGAUUCCUGUUAUCUUGCGAAAAAGGACCGCUGAUCGGUCAUCCUGUUCUUGGUGCCACCAUGGUCGUUAAUGAUGGUGCUAUUCAUAUGACCGAUUCUUCUGAGAUGGCUUUCAAGAACGCUACACAGCAAGCUUUCCGUAAAGCUUUCAAAGAAGCCAAGCCUCAAGUUCUAGAACCAUUGAUGAAGACAACCAUCACCGCCCCCAAUGAGUUUCAAGGAAAUAUUGUUGGUCUCCUAAACAAGCGAAAUGCCAUUAUCAAUGAUACAGAAAUUGGCCCAGAAGAUUUCACUCUUAUUGCGGACUGCAGUUUGAAUGCUAUGUUUGGCUUCAGUUCACAGCUAAGAGCUGCCACACAAGGAAAGGGUGAGUUUGGAAUGGAGUUCAGUCAUUAUAGUCCUGCUCCUGGUCAAUUACAGAAGGAACUUGUUGCGGCGCACGAGAAGCUCCAGGCGGAUAGACAUAAGAAGUAA